GUGAGCGCACGUGUCCGCUGCCCUGUAUAUUACCGGUUGAAGAUGAGACUGUGGCAAGGCUUGUGCCAGCUGGUUCUGGCUGCGGCUGCGCUGGGUCAAGGCGCUGGCCCGGUGGCCGACCACGCCUAUGCAGGGUGGGUCGCGCUGGAGGUGAAGUCAUCCGCCCCGCUUGUCGACCCAGAGAACUUUGGACGCCCCAGCGAUAUAAACUUCCUCGGCUUCGACAGAGAAAAAGGAGCAACUGUAUUAGCCGUGUCCCAAGAUGAGCUGCCUCACCUUGCGCAGAAACUAGCGGAUGUGGGCGUGGCUUUCCAGAUCCAGAGUCGAGAUCUCUCUCAACUGCUGUUGACCCCUCUUCGUUAUAGCCAAACCGGGGAACUCCCGAAGGGCGUCGUUACUUUUGAUCGCUAUAUGAACUACGAAGAGAUAAUGUCAUACGUCGAAGAAUUACCCAGCAAGUAUCCCGAUAAGGUUAAUUUAGAGGAGCUUGGUCGCAGCGCCGAGGGCAGACCCAUAUACCUUAUCACAAUUAAUAGGAACAAUAACUCUCGCAAAACUGAGAAGCCUGUCAUAUUCAUUGAAGCAGGAGCGCACGCGAGGGAGUGGGUGUCCCCGGCCUCGGCGCUGUACCUGGUGGAGCGCCUGCUGGAGAGUCCGUCCCUCCUGCGCAAUGCCGAGUGGCGCGUCGUCCCGCUGCUCAACCCCGACGGCUACGUCUUCUCCUGGAACCAUGACCGUCUGUGGAGGAAGAACCGGGCCCCCUCGUCUGACCCUGAGUGUUUCGGCGUCGAUCUGAACAGGAACUUUGCAUACCAUUGGGGAGAGGUUGGCAGUAGCACCGAGUCCCUGCUCUUCCAUAUACCAGGGUCCUCGUCCAUUCAGCCUAUCUGUCGCUUCACUCAUACGGGCAAGUGUUCCUGUAUCCUUGGGGUUACACCACAGCAGUCAACCACUCUAACAUGGGAGAACUGUUUAGGUGCGUUAACGAAUGACAUAUUUCCAGCUACAUCCACACCUUGGCACCUCAACACUUAUGCAUAUGUCCCUUUCCAGGUGGCCAUGGGAGAAGGAAUGGCCAGGAAGAUAAACUCUACAAAUGAUACAAAUUACACCGUUAGUGGCAGAGGAGCCUCAGAUGACUGGGUGGCGAGCCUGGGCGUGCCCUUUGUAUACACCAUGGAGCUCAGGGACACAGGGGAAUCGGCCUUCCAUCUUCCCGAAGAGCUGAUCGUCGCAACGACGCUUCCUCGCCUGCUACGACUUCUGUCUGCCGGAGGAGCCAGGACCCGUUUCAAACUGUGUGCGUCGAGGCAGCGGCGCGUGGGAAUCAUGGCCAGGAUAAGGAAGGGGCUGCUUCUGCUGCUGACUCAGGUGGUGCUCAGCGCGCAGAAUUUCCCCACCGUUAGUCACCGUGGGUGGCGGGUGCUGGAGGUGAGCGUCGCGGCGGGCGCGGGGGUCGGUGAUCGCGACCGGAGGUUCCUCAGGAGCCUGGAGGGCCGCCGGGGGAUCGACUUCUUGAGGCAGGACGGCGCGAGAGGUGUUGUGGAGAUUGCGGUUCCUUCCGAGGUCGUAAAAGAAGUCACGGCUGAACUGAAAGAGAAUAAUAUGACGACGAAGACCGUCGUGGACGACCUGGCACAGAUAAUGAAAGAAAAAUCCUCCCGCUCACGCGCGCUGGCCGCGGGCGAGGCCACCUUCGCACGCUUCAUGACCUACGAGGAGAUCGUGUCCUAUAUAGAAAGUCUGCCUCAUAAGUACCCUGAUCGGGUCCAGCUGCGGGUGGCAGGCCUCAGCGAGGAAAAUAGGCCUCUAUACGUUCUGGUCAUCGCAUCACCCGGAGCCAGCGCGGACCAGCCGGUCAUUGUUGUGGAUGGCGGGGCGCAUGCGCGGGAGUGGGUGAGUCCCGCGGCGGCACUGUACCUGGUGGGCCGCCUGUUGGAGUCGCCGGCCCUCGCGAGCGGCGUUGAGUGGCGCGUCCUCCCGCUCGUUAACCCUGACGGCUAUGUCUACUCAUGGACGCACGAUCGACUCUGGCGAAAGAACAGAGCCAAGUUUGAAGGAGAGGACUGCAUUGGGGUCGACCUCAACAGAAACUUUGAUUACGCAUGGGGAGGUCCCGACUCCAGCCCCGACCCCUGCACGUCCAUGCACAUGGGCCGCCGGCCCUUCAGUGAGCGCGAGUCGAAGGUGGUCCGGGACGUCGUCCUCGAGGGGAACCGCACCCAGGUGUACGUGACUCUACACAGCUACGGACAAGAGAUAAUUUUCCCCUGGGUAUCGAGCUUCACAAUCCAUCCAAAUCACGAAAAAAUGAGUCAUCUUGGGGAAGGGAUGGCCCGGGCGAUCGAGGCGAAUGACGGCACCAAAUUUAGAGUCGGGAAUGGCAAAAGCUUUCUCUAUUCCUUCGGCGGCACAUCCAUUGACUGGGCGGCGGGUGCGGCGGGGGUGCCCCUGGUCUUUGCUCUGGAGUUGCGGGACAUGAGGCACUUCAUCAUCCCUGACGACCUCAUCCAGCAUGCGGUUGAGGAUGUAUGGGUGUCCAUGAAGUACGUUUCGGAGGAACUGACAGAGGCCGAAGACUCCGCGUCCGGAGAAACGGAACGUCCACUCCCAGGAUUUGUUGAGUCUCCGUCGGAGGAAGCAGAAGAGACGCCUGUCGCUUCGUAUACAGAAAACGGCAUUGAAGCGGGAGAAGGAGCGGAGACUACAGUAAAUCCGUCUAUCCAAAGCGACGAAUUUAUCGCAGGGCACCCUAGCACAACAGCACCUGAUGUGUCCGAAAGUGACAUUCCCGGAUUGGAGAUAACAACUGCGCAUGCUGGAAUUGUUCAUAACGCUCUGAGCCCAACAAACAUACAUGCUGUCAAGAAAGAUUCGGUAAAGAAACCAACUCUAUGGAAAAUAGUUAUGUCUUAGCCCCACGGAGAAGGACGAUUCUUUUGAUUUAAGUUUAGACUCUUGAAUCGCAAUAAACUGUAGACAUAAUAUCACAC